CGACUCCGAAACUCGGAAAACAUUGGUCCUUGCUAGGGACUACUCAAUUCACAGAACACUGGUUUCUGUGAGGGAGUCCUGAGUUUUUUUGAAGUUCUGUUGAGGCGUUGUCACUCUGUGACAUCAUCUCUUCACAAUGGCAUCUGGAUUCCCAGGAAGAACACCAACACCUCGACUUUUGCUUAGGGAAGGACUGAAGCCUAAUACUAUUGCUCGGAUGGUGAAGGUCUCCAUGGAGAGCAGCCCCUAUUUCCAGCUGGCAUGCCCCAGUGAUGUGUACCACAUCGUGCCACCGGGCGCCUCUGCCCCUGUGCGCAUCCGCUUCACCCCCGACGAGAACAAGAAUUAUUUCCAUGAGCUCACCUGCAUCACUGCCAAGGAGAAGAUAGUUGUGCCAAUUGAGGCCAUCGGUGCUAGAGCUAUCUUAGACUUCCCUGCACAGGUAGACUUCUUCAAGUGCCCAGUCAAGCACAGCACCCAGAAGACCCUGCUGGUUCGCAAUGUCGGUAACCGGACAGCUCAUUACCAGCUGAGCACCCAGAGUCCUUUCUCUGUGGUGCCAACCUCAGGAAUUCUGGGCGCUGGUGACACCAUGCCGGUGACAGUGACAUUUCACGCACUGACCAACGGGGACCAUUUUGGGUCCCUGUGCUGCAACACAGAUGAACAAAUUAUCCACACAAAGCUCCAUGGAAAAGCUGUAGAUAUUGAUGUUGAGUUAAGCACAGAUUCCGUGGAGGCUGGCAAGACUUUCAUCACCAAGUCACACCAGACAACCAUGUUCAUCGAAAACAAGAGUAACAUCACAGCACACUUCCAGUGGAAGGCUCUUCCUUCUGAGGCAGAAGAGAAUGAAGAGAAGAGGAGGCAGUGUCGUUUGCUGCCCCCGCUGCGUGAGGUCAGGCUGGAAAACUUCAUGGAGGAGAAAGAAGUAGAGAAGGAGCAGGGCUUUUGUGAAGAUCACACUACCCUCCUGAGAAGCAGGGUCCAGGAGAAAAAGGCAAAGGUGCAAGAAGAUCCCCUGCUCUUCUCCAGUGACAUUUUUUUCAUUGAGCCAAUGGAGGGAGAAAUUGGGCCCAAUUGUUCGGCUGAAAUCAAGGUGACCUUCGAACCCCUGGAAGCACUGGAGUAUCGAAGUGUGGCUUACUGCAGCAUCUCAGGCCGUGAGAUGAGGCUGCCCCUGCGCCUCAGAGGGGAAGGCCAAGGACCCUUAGUUGAAUUCCGCAUCCCUACACUGAACCUCGGGAAUGUUUUUGUCUACACCCCCUAUGUCUAUGAGGGUGCCCUGAGCCCAGGUUUUGUGUCCCCAAGCCACGACAGCCGGACCUUUGCAAUGCCUUUAACCGAGCCAUUUCCUGCUCUGUCCUCGCCAUCCAGGGGCAGUGUCACUGGACCAGAUGUAUACUUUGACGUCCCUGACCUCGACUUCGGGGACAUCUCCUUUGGCUUUCCCUGCACCAAGAGCAUUUGCCUCACUAACAACUCCGUGGUGCCCGUGACGUUCAAGCUCCGCAUGUCAGAGGAUGGCAUGCAGCCGGCUGUGAGCAGCUUUGAUCAAGUACGCAAAGAAGGUGACCCAUCCUGGGACAAGGGAAUUCAAUUCUGUAUGGAGCCAAGGGAGUUCACAAUGAAUCCCAGCCAAGGGACCAUCGUCCCCCAGGGACACCAGCAUAUUAAGGUGACCCUCUGUUCCAACACCGUGACGAGAUUCAAACGGAGAUUGCUGGUGGACCUGGAGGGUAUUGCUAAGGAAGUGGCAUCAGUGUUCAUCAUAGCCAGAUGUCUCGUUCCUGAGCUGAAUGUGUUCCCCAUAGUCCUGCCGUACCGUGAGUGCCUCCUGAAGGUGCCGUAUGAGAGGAAGCUCUUUGUUACGAAUUCCACCAGCCUUCCUGGCUGCUACGGGCUUAUUCCCCAGAAACGGGAGGAGGACUCUCCUGUGCUCUACAGCAGCCCCAAGCCCUGUGGGAUUGUCCAGCCUUACAGCACUGCAGAGAUCCCAGUUAUAAUCGAAGUGCAGACAGUGGGCAAGCAUCGCACCAACAUUCUUGUUGGUGUUUUCGGGGAUGCGAGACACCCACGGGGAGUAGAAUUACGGAGCACUGGAUGGCUGGAUGAAAUCUACCCAACUCCAACUCUGUUAGAGUUUGGCAUGAUCCGAGCUCUACAACCCGCUUCACAAAGCUUUACCCUCUUCAGUGAAUGUCUCGUCCCUGUAGCCUUCAGGGUAGACAUUCUUUCCAAAUCCUACUGCUUUGUUGUUGAACCCAGUGAAGGAGUGAUCCCUGCUAGGGGUGAGGUUCCUGUGACUGUCACAGCAACCCUGGAUGACACUGUGGGUUUUGAGGACUCUGUCCAGCUGUUCAUUAGGAACACCCUUUGGAGCACCGUCUUUAUCCAGGCUUUCGGCAUUGGCACCACAAUUGUCAUAGAUGAACCAUUCGCCCCAGAGCUCAACUUGGGAUACCAAUUCAGCCUGGUGCCCUGUCUUCGUCAGUUCAAAGUAACAAACAAGGGUCGCCGUUACCAUCAGCUCUUCUGGAGUGCAGAAUGCUACAGCCCACCUGAGGAGGGGGACGAGAGUGUCUCAGCCGUCAGUGGCCCCAAGGAUGAUUCCCAGAAGCCCAAACGUGCCAAGCCUGCGUUUGGGGUGAAGUCACCAAGGAUGGGCCUGGCGCGAGGCCAGUCUGAGGACAUGGUGCUGCGAGGCUUCUCCCGCAUCCCACAGGAGGUGCAGGAUUAUGUGUACUGUGAUACUAUCAUUGGGACAUCCCCCAAGAUGGAGAGGAUAAUAGAAACAAUCAUCACCUGUGAGUUUAUUCACCCCUCUAUAGAAGUAUCAGCCAGAGAAUUCUCUUUCUAUGUGGAGAAGAAACCCAGUGAUGUCCUGAGGCUGCAGUACCAGCCUUUGUCUUUAAAAAACACCUGCCUGCUGCCACUGGACCUCAUGCUGGACUUGGAGCAGCCGUUCCAGGUCUGUGAUGAGGAGCAGCAGCCCCUCCCAGGGGGCCAGCCUGUGAGAGUGGAUGUAGGGGAGACCUGCCAUCUCUACAUUGUGUUUGACCCAGCUUAUGAACUGGAUUUUAAGAGCUGGAAAACAGAGAAGGUUCUGAAGAUAGACAUGGUCAGGGGCCAUCCUUUUGUGGAGCGUAUCAGCCUUCAGGGAGAAGUGCACUUCCCAAAUCUCCAAAUGCAGCCCAGCUCCCUGGAGUUUGGCUGCAUCAGGGCUGGCACUGAAGAAGUGCGUUCUCUGGAGAUAACCAACUGCAGCCCACUGCCCGUCCAGUACCACUGGUCAUUCCAGUCCGACAGCGAGGUGACCAGGUUUAGAUCCCUGUUCAUAGUUAUAUUAUUUUCCAGAGAUGACCUUUACCCACCUAAAUUCAAACCCCAACCACCAAAGGCGAAGGCAACCUAUUUGGUUCACCCGGUUCAAGCAGCACAAAUUCCUGAAUACCCUCGUGUCCAAGUGGGGUUUGAGGGAGUCAGUAUCUCCAUGGACGUACCACAGACUUCCCUCGAAGCGCAGGAGGCUUUCAGUAUCCUGCCAGUGUCAGGUGUGCUGCAGCCAGGAGAGAGCCAGCAGGUCUCCUUCACCUUCUGUGGCCACCUCAACACCAUCUCCGAUGUCACGGCGCUGUGCCACGUGGAGGGAGGCCCCACCUACGAGGUGCUGGUGACCGGGGAGAUCUCACAUCUCAGCUACCUCGUGAGGCCCCAGGAGAUCAACUGUGGCUUACAGCUCUUUAAUGAAAUUCGUCACAGCAAUGUCACCCUGGUGAAUGGUGGCAAGAUUGAAUUCAACUGGGUGCUAAACCCUAGCCCUGCAGACCAGCAUCUGCCUGGUGUGUUUCUGGUCAACCCCACCACUGGUUCCCUUGCACCUGGCAAGAAGCAAGUGCUGAAAUUCUCUUACAUGCCAGGAUUACCAGGAGCCUUCAGCAGAACUUACCAGCUUCAAGUGGGUGACCUGGAACCAGAAAACAUCUGCCUGAAAGGAGAAGCAUCCUUUCCCAUGAUCAGUCUGGACCUGCCCUGGAACAUCAGAGGAAAUGAAAAAUAUGAGAAGACACUGAAACGGCUCAUAAAACGCCGGCAAAUAUUCGAUCCCAACUAUAAAUCAGCUGUUCUGAAGAAGCCUCAGAGCCCAAAGACUGAGACCUUGAAGACUCGGGACCUGCAGCCCUGCGUGCUUGCCUCUGGCACUGUAUCAGACACUCAGCUGCAGAUAAAGAUGAUGAGGAUGCUGAUAGAGAAACCUUUUGUAGAACUGCAGCAAAUUCUUCCAUCCCAUCCCCUGAAGAGCAGGUUCCCUGACAAGGAGCUGUGCCAGAGUCUUGUCAAAGCUGAUCUGCUCGAGUAUGUCCUGGACAUGGGCCCUGUCCUUAAGGGUUACACAGAGUCACACUCUCUGAAGAUCACCAACCCUGGGCAGAUCCAUGUGUCCUUCCAGGUGGAUGUAUCUGUCCUGCAGGACACAGGUUUCAGCGUGGGCCUGGACCAGAUGAUUUGCCUGCCCCCCAACAACAGUGUGGACUUCGACGUGCGCUUUGAAAGUGCCCACAAGCCAUAUGGUGACGUGGAAGUGGUGCUGCCCAUAGAGGUGACAGAAGGCCCUAUGUACAGCAUCCGCAUCCGUGCCACUGUGUUGGAACUGUCACUCACCCUCUCCAAGAACAGUCUGCAGUUCUCUGACAUCCUUGUUGGGGACUGCCAGGUUGAGACCAUCCGACUCUUCAACUGGUUCCGAGUACCCUGCAAAUGGUUCAUUGCUUCCAACAAGCCUGCUCUGAGGAACAAUCAGCACGAGCCCUGUCCCUUUGAUGUGACGCCCUCCAAAGGAACCCUUGAUCCAGGAAAGUGGCAGAAUCUGCAAAUCCAGUUUACACCCAAGGAGGAGAGGUCUUACAAGAAUGAGCUGGAGUUUAUCAUUUGUGGGAGCAGCAAUCGCUUAAAGCUGCACCUCUCAGGACAAGGUCUGGAGCCACGGUUGGAGUUCAGGCCCCCAGCACUAAAGAUGGGAGGGAUGCUGGUGAACAGUGAUGGGGUGGAGGCCACAGUGGUGGUGAAGAACCCAUGCAACUUCCCCAUUGAGUUUUACUCCCUGGAUUUUGAUGAGCAGUACCUUGAGGAGGAGAAGAUCCUGCGGAUGGCAAUGGGGUCUGAGUACCAAAAGAGAUUUUUUCUGCCUCCACGUGCCGUGGGUGAGACGCUGCCUCCAGAGGUGCUGCAGGACCAUGAAGCACAGUUGAGGGCAAAGGCUCAAGAGGCAGAGCUCAAGGCCAGGGCUGAGGCUGAAGCCAAGGCCAUGGGCAAGGCAGCAGCAGCACGUCACAGAGCUGUCCCAUUCUGUCCUGAGUCCAUGGUGAAAGAGGCUGGGAAUCCUGUCUCUCUGGCUGUCCUGCACCACCUGGGCAUUGACCCGGACUCAGGGAGCUGCGAGGCGCAGCCCCACCAAGGAGGGAUGGUUGUCAUCAUCCAUGGGCCGCCCCGGGCAGGAAAGACAGAGAUAGCAGCAGGCCUGUGUCAGUAUUACGACGCUGCUUACGUGUCCAUCGACACCGUGGUGAAAGAGGCCAUGGCCAAGGACAGGAGCCCAGUGGGGCUCCGUGCCCGGGAGCUCUGCACCCAGGCUGCCCUGGAGCUGGAAGGCAAAGACGAAGGUGAUGCUGAUAAAAAAUCUCAGACCAAGAAUAAACGAGCCUCUGGGGAAAAAAUCAACAAGAAUGUCAAAGAAAAGACCCCUCCAUCACAAAAGGAGGAGUCAGCCAGCAAACUUGGUAAACAUGACAUCAAGGUAAACAUGAUCUGCCCUGGUUGCAGUGAGCAAAGUGCUGGGAGGCUGCACUGGGGCUUGCAAGCUUGGGUCUCUGCUGGCCAAGGCAUGGGCCCUCCAGAACCAUCCCCUGGAGCCCCCAGCCUGCACUGCAGGGUUGUUCUAGUCUCCAUUAGUGAGGAACCCCAGCUCCAAGCCCAGCAGUGGGAGUUGUUCAGGGCUUUCCACUGUGGUUUCUUUUCCUUACAAUGGUUCCCAUUGCAGUUCACAGUUUCCACUGCUCCAGCGCCCCAGCAGCUGAACAUCAUCAGCAGUCGUGGGGAAGAGCUGAACUGCUUGAGCUGUGUGCUGCCCGAGGAGCUGCUGGUGGACAUCCUCAGUGAGAGGCUGCAGCGUAAAGACUGCUCCAAGGGAGUGAUCUUUGAUGGCUUGGAGAGCCUCUUUGCAAGCAGCCUGGAAUCUUCCCUACUCUGUGUACUCAAAGCUGUCAAGAAUCGUUGUCAUAUCUUCAUGGUGAACCUGCAUGAGGAUUAUGAUUCUUGGAAAGCCAGGGAGGAAGCUGAAAGAAAGAGGAAGGAAGCUGAAACAGAGAAGGAAGAAAUGCAGCGGGAGAAAGCUCUGCAGAGGAAAGCAGAACAUAUCUUGCAAAUAGAUGAGGAUGAGUAUGAUGCACUCCCUGAGGAGAAGAAAGCAGAAGUGGAUAAAAUAAUUCUGGAAAGGAAGCGCAUACGGAGGAAAAAGGAGCUGAAGCAGCUGGCUCGAAAGCUUGAGCAGGAGGCAAAAGCCUUAGAGAGGCGGAAGGAGGAAAAGAAGGGUGUCUCCGUGCGGAAGCAACCUCCAAAACCAGCGAAGGAGGAAACCAGAUCACCCGAGGGGAAGGAAGCCCCAGAGAAGGGGGAAACCGAAGCCCCUGAGACCGGAGAAACCAAAGCCCCUGAGACCGGAGAAACCAAAGCCCCUGAGACCGGAGAAACCAAAGCCCCUGAGAAAUGGGAAACCAGAGCUGCAGGGAUGGGGGAAACUGAAAUCCCAGAGGACCCAGCUGAGAUGGAGAACUUGAUCCUGAGGUUUCAGAUUUAUGAUUCAUCUCAGCAGAAUGUUGCACAGGUUUUCUCCUGCUGGGACAGGGUUCAGGGUACCGUGCAGUUGCCUGUGAUCCAAAAGGGAAAGUCUCCAGCUGAAAACAAAGGUCAGAAGACCAAUAAGCCUCAGGAGAAGGUGGAGAAGAAGCCUGAACAAAAAAGUGGAGACCAAAGGAGUCUUCAGUCAUCUCAGCUGGGGACGCGAAGCGAAGCUGCCGAAGGAGCAGUCGGAGACGAGCACAUUGGGGUGCCGUGCCUGGACAUUGAGGUCUCAGAUCCAAAGGCCAUGAUUGGGCAGAUCCUGAGGGAUGGGAAGCUGCCAACGGAAGACCAGCUGCUGAAACAUCUGGGACUGCAUCCUGAUGGCCCCCCCCUUCCCCCUGCUGCUGUGCUCUCCAUAGUCGAGUACCCAGAGGAGAGGCUGGGCUCUGCAGAGCGUGUGGAGCCCUUCAGCAUUGUGGCACCAGAAGGUGCUCCUAUAGAAGAGGAUCUGCCCAAGGCCCCAGAUGUGAAGGUCAGUUCUUCCAAGGGCCAUCCAAAGACAGGUAAAGCAACCAGCAGAGACACCUCUGCAAAGGAGAAGCAUAUCUCCACACAGAGAGCAGAAAGUCCCCGGGAUUCCUCUGCAACAGGAUCCAAAAGUACAGUGGGAAGUGCCUCAGUCCCCACAGAAUUCCUCAGGCUGAAACGGUACCGGUGGAUAGUGCCUGCCCACGGUGAGGUGGAACUGAAGGUCAACUUCUCCGCCAAAAAGCCAGGGAGGUUUGAGCAGACACUGAGGUUUGAGCUCGUGCAGUCAAAGCGCCAGUACGAGCUGCCCUGCUGUGGCACCGGCCUGUACCCCAGCAUCUGCCAGAACCCACGGGUGGUGUUUCCACAGUGCAGGAAAACCAUGAAGGAAGACGAAGUCAUCUUCAAGGAAUACGUUGAGAGCACAAAGCAAUUCCACUUUGGACCGCUGCUGUGUGGGAAAUCAAGAGAGUGGUACAAGGCCCUGAACUGUCCUGGCAACUCAGAGAAGCUAACCAUCUUCAACAACUCCCCUAUGGACAUAGAGGUCCACUUCUCCUUUGAGAAUGAUGGGGAAGCAGAGACAUUCCUUCUGGACCCUCCCAGCCUAACCCUGAAACCAAAGGAGAAGCAGGAGCUGACCAUUUGGGCAUACCCCACUUCCCUUGGCUUCCUGGAAGACAAGCUCAUCUGCAGCAUAGAGAAGAACCCGGAGCCAGUGGUCUUCAGCCUGUGCUGCUAUGGGGUACAUGUGAAGCUGGAGAUCAGCCCCCCAGAGCUCUCUUUUGACAAGCUGCUUCUGCACAGGACUGACAGCAGGACCUUGGUCCUGAAAAACAACAGCCUGCUGCCCAUGGCCUGGCAGCUCAAUGGGCUGGAUUACCUUGCUGAGAACUUCUCCUUGUCACAAGAUAAUGGCAUCCUUGAUCCCUCCUCAGAGUUGGAAGUGACAGUGCAUUUCAAGGCUGAGCAGAUUGGCAUAAUUGAGAAGAUCCUUCGACUAGAGGUUUCAGAUAUAGAAAACAUCCUGGGGGUUGUCCACACUGAAAACAUUGAAAUCUCUGCAGAGGUCUACGAUGUUUCUCUGACCAUUGACUUCAUACCUGAAGGUCCAGAAGGAAGCUUGGAAUUUGGAACCAUUAAUGUCAUGGAUAACGUGAAGAAAGUCCUAAGUUUAAACAACAAAGGGGUAUACAACAUUGAGUACAGGUUCAUGCUGAAGGGUGCAGGUCCCAGGAUGCGAGACGCGGCAUCCCACUUCACUGUUGCGCCUCAGUCGGGCGUGCUGAUUGCCUCCCAGCCUGCUGUGAAUGUUGAGAUGCUCUUCCACCCCACCAGUGAAAUGCUCCUCAAGAACAGACCCAUCCUGUACUGCCAGGUGACAGAUGCCAGAUUAGGUCGAGGAGGCCAGGUUGUCGCUGACAUCCCACUGAAGGUGUCGGCCAAAGCCGUGUACAGCAAGUACAGCAUUGAGCCUGCCUCACCCAUCAACUUUGGAGCCAUGAUCAAGGGCACCAAGAAGAGCCAGACUGUGGUGCUGGAGAACAAAGGCAUGCUCCACUUCAAAUUCUGCAUCCGCCAACCAGCCGAGGAUGCAUCUACAUCAGAAAGCAAAAGCUCAAAGGAAGGGGAAUCUGCUCCAUUGGCUGCUAGGCUCUCAACAGCAAGGAAAUCGAGCUCCUUUACACAGAGUCACCUCAAUCUUGGCAUGUUCACGGUGUCCCCCUGCUCCGGCUCCAUCGGUCCGUGGGGACAGCAGAAGAUCACAGUGGACUGCUUCGCAGGGCAGGAGGGCAAAUGUGAGGAGCAGCUCUACAUUGACAUCCCGGGCAGAGACCCCAAGGAGAAUCCCCUGGGCAUUCCCUUCACCCUGAUUGCCGAGUCCUGCCUCCCAGGACUUGCUGAGGAUGUGCUGUUAAUCUUCGAGGAGUACCCGAUCUGCAGCAGCACCGACCUCGACCGCAAGAUGCAGUCGGUGAAAGGCACGGGCCUGUUCGUCAGAGAUGAGAACAGGUUCAUCUUCAACAAGGUUCUGGUUGGCCAAGAGGUAGAAGCUCAUUUCAGUAUCUACAGUGCAAGCAGCCUGCCAUGUGAUGUGGUCCUCUCCAUCAAACCCCUGCCUGGAGAGGAACAAAUCCCUAUCAACAAUGUUUUCAAGUUGGAUCCAGUCAAGAUGUCCAUUCCUGGCUCAUCCUAUGCUGUUGCUACAGUGACCUUCACCCCGCCAGAUGAGCAGAACUACAACUGCACUUUCAAGGCUUCCCUUGUCAUCCCCAAAGGCCCUGUGAAAAUUAAACCCCAAACCGUGACCUUCACCAUCAGUGGGAAGGCGCACGAGGCGCAGCUGACGGUCGUGUGCCCCCGCGCUCGCAGCAAGAGGGGAACGGCCGUGCUGCGCUUCAAGAGGCACCGCGUGGGGACAUCCCAGAAGCUGCCCCUGGUCGUCCGGAACGAUGGCAUCAUACCUCUCAAGUUUAUGUUACGCCUGGAGCACGAGUACGGAGCGUUCUUCUUGAAGGGCAGGGCCUCCACACUCGAGGUAUUCCGCACUGAAGAUGAGGACUCCAUCAUAAAUGGGAGCAAGCCCACAAAGCCUUUCUUCCUUCUGCGUCACGGGGAAUCAGCAGUGUUUGAUGUCAUUUUCAAACCCACCCUGGCUCAACGUCUGGAAGGGGAGAUUCAUCUGUUGGUGGCCGACGCCUGCUCUAACAAGAUCCUAGUAGAGCUGGUGGGUGAAGGCCACAGAGACAGAUUCAUCUUCAGAGGACUAAAGGAAGACACAGAGGAAAGGGAUGCUAAGAGCAGCCUGAAUAAAGACAUCAUUGAUGCUAUCAGAGUGAAUCACCUGGACUUUGGGCACUGUCCUGUCGGGAAGUGCUGCCGCAGGACCUUCGCCAUCAGGAACCGCACCCAGCACCAGUUCCUGCGCUUUGAGUGGGAGGCAGACGGCCCGUUCCACAUCUCCCCCAAGGUGGGACACCUCCGUCCUCGCCGUUCCAAGAAGAUCAGAGUGUCCUUCAAAUCAAAUGUCCCAGUCACCUACAGGAGGCACCUUGUGAAAUGUAAGGUGACCAAGAUCCAGUUUCAGCUGCCACCAAGGAAGGUUCCGGACUGGGAUGACCGAAAGUACAUUGUCACGUGGAAGAGUACCCCCAGGAAAGACCCAGAAGACAAAUUCUAUAAAGUGCAGAAGGUGGUCGAGCCAGUCCCAGAAACGGAUCACACUGAGGUGGAGGGUAGCACCCAGGAGGCCGAGGUGUGCCUCAGUGCUGCUGUGGCCUACACCCAGCUGAAGACGAACACCAUCGUGGUUCAGUUCAGGGACACCUUGCCCUUCCAUACAAGGACAGCCACUUUCAGAAUUCACAACACAGGAAAGGUACCUCUGGAUUACUACUGGGAGGAACCUGCAGCUAGUAAACCAGUGAAGAAGGGAUACUCCGUCGCUCUGAUGCGUCGGUUCCUCUCCUCUAAAAUUGUAAAGCAUCGCAGAAAGCUGCUGCGUCGUUACUGGCGGCGGCUGGCCCGUCCUCCUAAAGUGCGGCGGCGGCCUGACAUGAAGCAGCAGCAUUCCAAGUGGUGGCAGCAGCUGCAGGAUUCCAAGCAGCAGCAGCCCGAGCAGCCAGCCCCUUCCAAGAAGAAGAAAAAGACAAAGCACAUCUCUCUGCAGCAUAGCAGUUCCUCCAUGGAAAUCUUCCCAGAUCUGACCGAUGAAACACCGGCGGCACUGUUCUCCGUCGACCCCUACCGCGGCACCCUCGCUCCUGGCCAGAUGCAGACCUUCCACGUGCGCUUCUCCCCGAAGGCUGUGGGCAAGUUUAAGACCAUCAUGGUGUGCAGGAUUCCUCAGCUGAGGCCAAGUCAGAAGAAGGUGCGGCUGAUUUUGAGAGGCAGGGCCCGGGACAAGAAGAAGAUGAGGUUUGGUAAACCCAAACGCUCGGCGUUACGGCAGGCACAGGAGAGCCCGAAGCCCAAGAAGAGGGUGCACUGGAAGCUGCCCCCUGAGUGACAGCGUUUGUGUCAGCUGGAGCCUCCACAGGAGCCAGCAGCACCGUGCCUUCUGCUGCUGGUGGUCUCCCACCCUUCACCAGAGACCUCCGCAGCUACCCUUCCAGUGAACAUCUCUAGCUUAUCUUUUAGUUACCUAAGUUAAUUCACUAACUGUUGUUUAAUUGUUGAUUAAACAACUGGCAAUAAAUC